AUUGUAAACAUACGUUUAUUACUGGAAUUUUAACAUAAAAAAUGUCUGGAAACGCAACUGAAGAGCCGUUCGAAAAGAAACCCAAACUGGAGGAAUCCAACAAGGAAAAUACAGGCAAUGAAGAUGAUGAGGAACUGGAAACUCCAUCAGCAUUCAAUCCCAAAUAUCGUGUCUGUCCGUAUCUGGAUACCAUAAAUCGGCCACUAUUGGAUUUCGAUUUUGAGAAAUUAUGUUCGAUAUCAUUGACCCGUAUUAAUGUUUAUGCCUGUCUGGUGUGUGGCAAAUAUUUCCAGGGUAGAGGAACAAAUACACAUGCCUACACGCAUUCCGUGGCUGAGGCUCAUCAUGUGUUCCUGAAUUUGCAAACGCUUCGAUUCUAUUGUUUGCCAGAUAAUUAUGAAAUUAUUGACUCGUCACUGGAUGAUAUAAAAUUUGUGCUGAAUCCCACAUUUUCUCCGGCAGAUAUAAAAAAUCUCGACAAAGCAGAUCCGAAAUAUUCUCGUACCGUUGAUGGUACUCUAUAUUUACCGGGUGUUGUGGGUUUGAAUAACAUCAAAGCCAAUGAUUAUUGUAAUGUGGUGUUACAUGCUUUGUCGCAUGUGGGUCCACUGCGCGAUUACUUCUUGAGGGAGCAACAUUAUGCAAAAAUUAAAAGACCACCAGGUGAUUCGAUAUUCAAUUUGGUACAACGUUUUGGUGAGCUAAUGCGUAAAAUGUGGAAUCCACGUAAUUUUAAGGCCCAUGUAUCACCCCAUGAAAUGUUACAGGCUGUGGUAUUAUGGUCUAAUAAACGAUUUCAAAUCACCGAACAAGGUGAUCCAAUUGAUUUCCUAUCAUGGUUCCUGCAUACUCUUCAUCGAGCCUUAAAGGGCACAAAGAAAAUCGAUUCUUCCGUAAUUUAUAAAACAUUUUUGGGUGAAAUGAAAAUCUACACUAGGAAAAUACCUCCAGUUGAUUUAGAUGACACCCAAAAAUCAUUGCUAUUGGCCACCGAAGAAUAUCAAGAAAAAUGUGAAACAACAAAUUUCUUAUAUUUGACAUGUGAUCUACCACCACCACCAUUGUUUACCGAUGAAUUCCGUGAAAAUAUUAUACCCCAGGUGAAUUUAUAUCAGUUGCUAUCAAAAUUUAAUGGUACCACCGAAAAGGAAUACAAAACCUAUAAGGAUAAUUUCCUAAAGCGUUUCGAAGUUGCCCGCCUGCCACAAUUUAUUAUUCUGUACAUAAAACGUUUUACCAAAAAUACUUUCUUUUUGGAAAAGAAUCCCACAAUUGUUAAUUUCCCCAUCAAAAAUGUAGAUUUUGGCGACAUCCUCUCCAUACAAAAUCGUGAAAAGGUUGGCAAUUGUAAAUAUAAUCUGGUAGCGAAUAUUGUACACGAUGGAGAACCAAAUAAGGGUACAUAUCGAGUGCAUAUGUUACACAAAGCCAAUGGCCAGUGGUAUGAAAUGCAAGAUUUACAUGUCACCGAAAUCCUACCCCAAAUGAUUACCCUAACAGAAUCGUAUAUUCAGAUUUAUGAAAGAUGUACUGAAUAA